AUGGCAGACAACAGAGGUAACGCUUUAAGUGUUUAUCAAAAUUCCGACAAUUCUCUCCAUCGAUUGACUUCCAACACUUUCGAUUACGAUCCCAGAUAUACCGAAUUUACGAUCGCGAGUGAAAGUUUCAUAUUGCAAGAUGGAAUUUUUGGAAUAGCAGUUAGUCCCGUGACAAAUAAUCUUUAUUAUAGCCCUCUCUCUUCUCGCAGUUUAGUUGAAGACAUUUACAAUACUCAAUUAUCCGCUAAAGCAGUAUCGAAAAAUGGCGUCGUCUUUUUCGGUCUUGUGAAUAAUUCAGCUCUUGGGUGCUUGAACGAGCAUCAACCAAUUCAGAGACAAAAUAUCGAUAUGGUCGCUCAAAAUGAAGAGACACUUCAAAUGAUAUUUAGUAUAAAAAUUAAGCAAGAUUUUCCACAAUCCAACAGAAUUAAUAAAACUAAAAGGAAUGAAUAUAUGUUGGCUUUAAGUAAUAGAUUACAGAAAUUUAUGAACCAUAUAUUAUGA